AUGUCCACCCCGCCCCCGCUCUCGAGCUCCAGCAGCUCGACCAAUUCCCCCUCCCCGACCACUCCCCUCACCGAACUGAAAGCGGACCCCAGCGAGACGCUCGAGUACCUCCUCCAGACCAUGGCGCACGCGCAUGCCCAGGCACAGCAGGCACCGUCCCAGCACGGCUCCGACUCGUCCUUCGAGGCCAGCAACGAAACCGACUGGACACAGCUCUCUGCGUGGGCCCAGCCGCAGGAGCAGAAGUUUGACCUCAACUCGGACUUCAACUUCUCCCUUCCCAUGGAUCUUGACUUCGACCAGAACAUGGCUGUCGACCCUAGUGCGCUGCACUUCACCACCAUCUUCGACCACUCUGCCUUCGCCGUGCCCCCCGCGGAAGGUGCAUACCUUAUGAACAACGAGAUGGUGCCGAGCAACCAGAUGCUCUUCCCCCAAGCCGAGGAAUCCUCCUGGCCCUCAUCUCAUGUCGAAUCGCAUACAGGGCGGAGACUGAGUGUUACCUCGUCCUCGUCGUCCUCCGGCGCGUCGUUAUCACCCGUAAUGGAGCCGUCAUUCCCGAUGUCAGGGUCACCCCCCUCCGAAGUUAUCUUGGGCGACCCGGCGUCUGAGCUUGCCCAGCGCGUCCGCCAGAUGGCCGGCGUGACCCUCGCCGUCCCUGUCAGCGCUCAAGUCCAGCAGCUCGCCGCCGCGAGUGGUCAGGUCAAGCUUCCCAUCCCGCGUCUGAAGCAACAGCCCGCACCUGCCCCCGCGCCUAAGCGCAGCCCGAAGCUUUCGCCCCAACCUGAACCGGAGACCUCGGCCUCUUCGAGCCCCUCAUCAGAGCAGGCACAGUCGCCUUCAGCCUCCUCAGCUUCAGACACUUCCCUUGCCCCACCGACACAGACUGUCAUUGGAAGACCGAAGACGAGCCAUACUACCAUCGAACGGCGGUAUCGUACCAACCUCAAUGCGCGCAUCACGGGCCUUAAGCAGUCGGUGCCUGCUCUGCGGGUACUGGAGCUCAAGGCUGGCGAACCGAGCCCCUACGACGACGUUGUUGACACGCGCGGGUUCGUCGAUGGUGUCAAGGUUGCGCGAAAGAUGAGUAAGGCCAACAUCCUCGGCAAAGCCACUGAGUACAUUCGGCAAGUGGUGCUCAAAAAGCGCGAAGGACGUCUGAAGCGUGAGCAAGACGGCCUGAAGUCCUUGGUCAGCGGUCUCGUCGGCGGUCCCGCCCUCCUUAAAGAGUGGGAACGUGAGUGGCGAGAGCGCUUUGGUGGCGAGGAGAAGGACGAGAUCGAAGACGACGACGCCGAAAGUGACGACGAUGGCGACGACAGCGAUGGUGAGGACGACGAAGGCCGUGCACGCAAGAAGGCAAAGGUCGUGAAGCCUGCCAAGAAGGAGAAGCCGUACAGGCCGCCUCCGCCGCCACCUGUUCCAGGCGUCCCUGGUGCGGUACCCGAGAAGCGCAAGCGUGGCCGCCCACGCAAGGUCCCUCUUCCAGCUCCGGUUGCACCGACGGAAGCCCCACCCAUGGCUGCAUCUCAACAAGCGAGUAUGUCCACUGUGUUCUCGGCAGAACGCCCCGUGCAAGACCCGUACAUGCAACAGGCACAACAGAGCCAGCAGCCCCAGCAGUACCUCCUCGCAGUCUUUGCAUUCUUCUCGGUGUUCAACUCCCCUUUGACCUCCUCACACCGCUCACACGCCGCGCCACAUUCACAUACCCACCACGGCGCGGUCCUCACCGCGCACUCGCCUACUGAGACUCAGAUCCCCAUUCCCGUCACUUCUGGGUAUGGCUUGCACGAGGCGGUCCAGGUCGCACAUCUGGUCGUAUCUGCGUUGGUCUUCUUCUAUGUGCUUGUCCCCUGGUUGUCUGCUGCUUCACGGCAAAGUGGACAGCUCGCACGGAUAUCCUCGCUAUUCUCUCGCUCGGAGAAGGAGGUUUCCGCGAGCUCGUACGCCGACGUCAAGCGUAAGGCAUCGGCCCGUGUUACACUUGCCACUGCUCUCUCCCCUGCCGCGCGUGGGUCCGCAGACGAGCCCGUGCAACUGCGCGCGGCGCUGGGUGUGACCACCGGCAUGCUCGGCCUCCUCCAGAGCGCCAUGAAGGCUGUCCGGAAGGACCGUGGCAUCGAGCUCAACCAGCUCGAGCAGCGUGCCUGGGUUCGUCUCGGCGAGCUGAUUGCGUUCGACAGUGCUGUGGGAAACACCACCCGUUUGCAGACGUUCUGGUGCAUGUUCCGGCACAUCUCUCCCUUCGCGGCCUCUACCACCGAUCUCUCCACGCUCGCCCUCAUCAUCCGCCCCGUGUUCGCCUCGAAGGCCGGUGAGCUGUGGGAACGUGCGCGUCAGCGCGAGUUCCUCCGUGCCCAUGAGAAGAUCGUGCUCAACAACAUGACGGUCGAGGGUGCUGCUGACUGGCUUGCGAAGUGGCGGCAGUGGCACGACACAGAGCGCAAGGGACGCUGCACCGCGUGCGAGAAGCGUACCCCCCUUGGCAUUCUUGCUGCAAUCCUCAUUCGUGAACGUCUACGGAAGCACGCCGCAUCGCUGUUCGUCCGCACCGUCGUCCGCGCCGAAGACGCUUCCCGUCGUGCGAACCUCGCCUUCGAGAGCGACGACGAGAGUGACGAUGCCACCUACAAGUACAACGUGGAGCGCGACUACCAGGAGGAGCAGGAGCGCAAGGAGACCGUCGAGGCCGGCAAGUCCAUCGGCGGCCGCACCGCGGAGCUCGCCAUGCUCCUCGAGCGCACCUGGAACACAGGCUUCCACACUGCAGACGACGGACUCCCCCUGGCUGCUCGGCGCCGCGCAGGUAGCAACCCGGAUGUCGACGCGGACUGCGAGGACGCAGCAGACCUCGCGAGCCAGGACGAGGCGGAGAUCCGUGCGCUGCUCACCGCGACGCUCAUCUACCGCCGCAUCUUCCCAUCUGCGAUCCCCGCGGCCGCUGGGUUCGUGCUCUCGCCGCCCCCGUCACCGAGCCGGCGCAACGCGCAGCUGCACAUGGCGCUGCGUACGGCGCUCGGCUCGGCCGCGUUCGAGUACGGCGCAGACGGGCGGCUGGAGGACGCGGAGCUCGGCGCGGCGCUUGAGGAUGCGCGGGACCGCGUCGUGGACAUGCUGGUGGACUUUGACAAGGCAUGUCGACGCGGCGGGCGGUCGUUCGACUGAGCCUAUGAUACCUAUGGAGCAGCUGUAUUGAUGGGUACUGGUAUAUGAGUAUGAGCAGGCUAUGGUACCGCCACCGCGCACGAUCGACGCGGUGGGUUUAUAAUUGACUAUUCACAGUCUGUAGAGCCGCUAGCUAGCUGUGGCGCCGUGAAGUUGUACAUACGAGCUCCUCAUCUCUUGUUUUGUUCCUCGUGAUUUAUAGCCACUUCUAUUGACUCCUUCUCACUUCCGUCUGUUGCAUGUACGAUAUGGUUUUGGAAAGCGCGAAUGACAGCAACUGACAAAACUCUCCAGUCC